GUUCUCCAUCCCUCCACCAUGUCUUCAAAUAGUACGGUCUUAGACGCGUUCGAAUUUGAAGACGACUCAUCUGAAAGUCGUGGGGAGGUUAUUGCAGUAGGAGUUGCCUCUACUAUACUUCUCACAUACGAAAACGGCCAGCGAGUCGCUGUCAAGUCGGCAACUACCAGCCGUCGGUUCGCAAAGGAGCCUCAUGAUAUUAAAAAAGAAUGCCGCAUCCUCUCUCAGUUAUCUUAUGUCAAUAUAAUCCCAGUGUUAUGGUCAAGAGAUGAUCCACAUGAACACAUGCUCGAAAUAUGCAUGCCUUUCAUUCCUUACUCGCUCGAAAAUCUUCUUGCUAUCCCAUCGUUUACUCCUUCUGACAUGGGCAGCCAAUUUUACACCAUAAGCCGCUCAAUAAUAUUCCAGACCUUAUCGGCGCUUGCAUACCUUCAUUCAUCGCCACAUAAAAUUGCGCACCGUGAUAUAAAGCCUUCUAAUGUCCUCCUGACCGCCUCGGGGUGCGUCCAGCUAAUUGACUUUGGCGUAUCGUACGCACCAGAUCCACAUGCGGAGGAUAUUUGGCACGAAGAAAAAGACCGAAUGUAUUUCGAGGUGUCUACUGGUCCGUAUCGCGCACCAGAACUUCUUUUCGGCGCGAGGACGUAUGAUCCUUAUGCCGCAGACAUGUGGAGCCUAGGGUGUACUUUUGCCGAGUUUUUCACACAACUUCUUCCCGAAGAGAACGACGACGAGUACGACUAUCCCCCCGAACUAUGUGACACGAACUCUACGUUCGUCCGGAAAUCCCUUUUCGACGGAACAAGAGGCGAGAUCGGCUUGGCAUGGAGUAUCUUCAAAAUUAUGGGUACUCCCACUGAAGAUUCAUGGCCUACGUUCAACCAGCUUCCAGAUGCUUCGCGUGUGCAAUUCACGGUCGUGCCUCCGGUACCUCUAGACAGCGUUUUACCACAUCUUCCUCAUGAUCAGACUCCGUAUGAACUCAAUCUCUUGCAGUCAUUCCUCAUAUAUCCCCCCUCCGCAAGAAUCACUGCCAUAGACGCUAUCGCCCAUGCCUGCUUUACGGAUAGCGUACUAAUACCGCCAGAAAUACAACAAGCCGGCACUAAUUGCGUGCAUCAAACGAAGGACGGGAAGACGAUUGGGGGAAUGCUGGAAGAAGUAUUCACCAAUAGUUGACAUCGGCUUCCCCAGACCUCCUACUACCGCCAGUUAUGACCUUUCACGAAUAUUCAUCCAAGAACAUUAGAUGUGUCAAUGUAUAUUAUGGCGUCUAGUUGAAUGAUGUUUGUAUCCGUACUAUUACAUUAUGCAAAGGAGUGUGUAAU